UGUGCGAGAUUACCUAAACUGACCCGCUAGACGCGACUGUGGAGGAGUUUGGCCCGUAGGACUUACCCACAUGUUGUUGCUUAAUAAGAAAUAAACUGUCUAUGGAACCAGCUUUAACCACUGUAAACGUGAGUGGCUCCGUAACGCCAUACGGUUCAUUCAAUGUGAGAGUUUAGCUUUCAGACGAACUUUCUCGCAAAGAGUUUGACUUUUAUCUUCCAUCGGAUCGAGGAAAAGGCGACAACGCAACGUCGCAGGCGCCCAGCAGCACCCAGUCAAGUGCCUGCGAUCCGCUGCAGCCUAUCAAAAUAUUCCUCCCAUUUCACAUAAUUGCACGGUUGUGUCGUCCGGAAAUUAUCAGUGAAGGACAAUGUGCUCGCUGAUAAGCAGAGUGAAACCAGUUCAACGGGUCCUGGCUCUCACACUACGCCUCAGCACAAAUACCGGUACUUCGUGGUACGGAGCAGCCGAGAGCAGGCGCUUCUGUCCCGGCCUAAGUACUGACAUCUAUCCGCUACGGGCUACCAGCAGAUCGUACUGCUCCAGGAUGGCGCUAACCGACGGACUGCUCUUCAGACAAUUGUUUGAGACUGAGAGCAGCACCUACACGUACCUGCUGGCAGACUCGGAGACCAAGGAAGCGAUCCUCAUCGAUCCUGUGCUGGAGACUAUUGACAGGGACCUGAAACUCAUAAAGGAACUGGGCCUAAAUCUAAAAGUGGCAGUAAACACCCACUGCCAUGCGGACCACAUCACAAGCACUGGGCUGAUGAAGAAAAGGUUGGUCGGGCUGAAGAGCGCGAUUUCAAAAUUCAGUGGCGCCACUGCAGAUAUCCACCUGUCAGAAGGAGACAAGAUCGCCUUUGGAAAACAUUAUCUGACAGUGAGGGAAACACCGGGACACACUGAUGGGUGUGUGUCGCUGGUGUCCGGGGAUCAGAAGAUGGUUUUUACUGGGGACGCUCUGCUCAUCAGAGGCUGUGGCAGGACAGACUUCCAGCAGGGCUGUGCCAAGAGGCUCUAUGAGUCAAUCCACCAGAAGCUUUUCACUUUGCCAGACCACUGCCUCGUCUACCCAGCACACGACUAUUUAGGUCAGACGGUGUCUACGGUUGGUGAGGAGCGCAAGUUUAACCCACGCUUGACCAAGAGCCUGGAAGAGUUCGUGAACAUCAUGAACAACCUGAAUCUCCCCAAGCCUAAGAAAAUAGAUAUUUCAGUGCCUGCUAACUUGGUUUGUGGAGUGCACCAAAUCUAAAUGUCCUGCAGAAGAGAGGAUUUCAAUCAAAUCAGCUAUUUUAAGUUUAUAUCUGGAGCAUUAACCAUAAUCUUCGUGCCAUGCAGUGCAUUAUUGCCCUGUACAACCCUGAUCCAAUUCUAAAAAACUUGGGAUGCUGUGUGUAAAUAAAUAAAAACAGAAAGCAAAAAGUUGCAAAUGAAAUGCGUUUGUCAACAACAGUUUCACGUAGUGUUUCCGAGCCCAUACAGGAUGCUUCUUUCAUACCAAAUCAUGAUGCUGGCACCUGUUUGUGGCUGAAAUGCUGACAAAACACUGGACGACGUACACGCCGCCUUCAAAAACUCACUUUUCAAUUACAUUUAGUCAAGAUUUGGAAUCCUAAAGUUGUUGAACUGGAUAUGUGAAGUUCUAUUUUACUGUGUAAUUAUUUUAUUUACACAGCAUCACACCUUUUUUUGAAUCAGGGCUGUAUUUAGGUCGAUAUAAGGAUGUAUGUUUAGUUAUUAAAAAUCUGCAGUAAUUUACAGCUACUGACAUCGUUGUGAUCAUGCUUAAAAUAUUAAUUUAUUUGGUUCUGUGAUUAGACAUGACUGCUAAAGGUCUGUUAAUGAGGUAAAACCACUACUGAUGUAUUCAUACAUUAAUUUUAAUAUGUGAGUAUCCUCAUCUCCUUGUUCUGCUGCGUUUUUAUGAAUUGGGGAGGAAACUUACAAGAAGGAAAGUUCAGAUCGGAAUGUUCCAUUCAAGGUUUGGUUUAGUAUUCAUGAAUGCUAAACGGGGACAAUUGAGUUCUUCCACAUGGCCUUUCCAGUGAUUCCAGCCUCCUUUAGCUGAGCCCUCACACACACACACACACACAGUCACAGUCAUACUGCUGCCAGCCAAGGCCUUUUUGCAUAGCAGGAAGAUAAAACUACACUUAUUUGCAUGUUGAAUCAAUGAGGGCCCGGUUUCCAUUGACAACACUGCCAUGUGUUUUGUACUCUGAACUCUCAUCUGUUGUUCCAGAUGUCUAAUAGAUGAAGGUGUCUGUUGAGAUGUGUGUCCUCAGCACAGUCAGGUACGGAGAAGAGCAUCCGUACCAAGAAUCGGCACUGUGAUGUCUGCUUCUGGGUUUCCAGAUGUUCUGUAUGUGCUACUCGUAGCUCGCAGCCCUGUAAGACAGGUUUUAUUUGGGAGUGUCGGCCUCUGACUGAGUGACACACUUCUACCACAGAAACUUGUACAUGUGAUUGUAUGAAAGUACGCAGUUCAGUUUGCUCAUUCUGGGAAUUGUAUAAUUUCCUCUGUGGUUAUGGAGGGAAAUUUUUAAAGAAAAAAAAAUAAUCCUGAUGUCAGCUGUCACAGCCAGGGUUUGGAGCAUACAAACUUGUAACAGAAAGCACAUGAUACAAACUGGAAGUGGUUGAAGUGUGUGGGUGUUUACCGGCCAGAGAGGGUCCAGCAGAAGAUUUGGGUUUCAUUUUGUUGACCCACAUGAGGGACUAAAUGUCAGGGUAUCUGCACAGCAUUUUCACCAUUCUGUCUUCUAUACAUUCCUUAUAGGAAGUGCAAAUUUAAAUCACUGGAAUAACACUUGUAAACAUAUAAACUAUUACAGGAAACCAAAAUACUCCACAGCAACAUAUUAAAUGCUCUUGAAUGGCUUAAAUCUUGAAUUUACCACAACCUACCAAGAAGAGAAAAAAGCAGAAACACUCCUGUAUUUUAGAUUAACAUCAAACAGCUCAAUCAUCAAAUAAUGUAUUUCCUGUCUUUUCUUUAUUAUAACGGUAAGUGAUCAGUAAUCCAACAAUCCACUGAUCCUGACGCUCUAAAGCAGAUCAGGGAUCUGCCAUGAUGUGAUCGAUCCAUGUUAAAUUCAGUUACUUUGUCAAUUGUUUUAAAUGUGAGGACUAUUAUGAGACUGGUUUUUGAUAUCUGCAGUGAUAAACAGUAUGCACGUUUUGCUGUAUUAAAUCUGAUGCACAUCCUU